AUGCGUCUUAUGCAGACCAAGCGGAAGGCUGGUUUGCUCCUCAGCGUUCCCAAAUCCUCUAUCUUAUCUGCGCAUAACUCGUGUAUAGCCAACCUCCUCUGCGACGCCCAGAUCACCGGGAUGCAUGCCUUGGUGAUCGCAUUCCUGUACGAGAAAAACGUCGGUGCAGCUAGUCCGUGGGCUGAGUACAUUAACUCCAUAAACCUUGCUGACGCGAUGCUGCCACCAUGUAUGUGGGGAACGCACGCCAAGUCGUUAUUGGCUGGCACGGAGGCCGAUCUCAUGGGCGUCCUGGACAACACAGAGCUCGUUGCGCACUAUGAGCUGGCCAGACGCUUUGCGGAGCAGCACGCGCCCAUGAUUCCUGCGCCUGCUGAGUUGGCUGACCUUUCGCGGUUCGCGGCCGUGGUUCUGGCCGUGGCGUCUCGUGCGUUUGAAAUCGACCAUUUCCACGUUUCAGGCCUGGUUCCUGGCGCCGAUCUGUUCAACCACCACCCGGACGGCCAAGGGUCUGUGCAUUUUGAGGCCCUUGCCGAGGUGUGCCCUGACUGUGGCAAGCUGGACUGUGGCCACGGCAGUGACGGCUCUGAGGACGAAUCCGACGACUUUGAAGAUCCGGAAGAUCCCGACGCUCCGGCAGACGAACAGGACGCAGAGGAGGAAGAGAACUCCGAGCUAUGCGAUAUUGUCAGUCACACGAGCAUUGUGCCAAAUACAGAAAUAUUCAACACCUAUGGGCCCUUAUCAAACGCCGAGCUGCUCGCAAGAUACGCCUUCUGUGUCGAAGAUAACCAGUACGACACCGUCUGCCUGGGAAAACAGGUGUCUGCACAUAGAAAACGGGUCAACCGUGCCAUUUCCAGACGGCUCCGGUGGUGGUCGCGCCAGAGCAAGCAGCCGUGGCUUCUGGAGUGCUACGUUGACGCCAACGGCACGCCGUCGCCGCAGCUGCGCUGCGUGGCCAAGCUCUUCACUGCUCCGGGCAAGACGCUAUCGCGAACAAGGCUCGCAAGACUUACCCCUUCUGCCAGACGACUCAUACAGCACUGGUGCGCGCAAAGAAAGCUGCCCGACGUGCCAAUCCCCGUUCAAGACGCGACCACCGCGGCCCACAUCCGAUGCAUCAGAAACAACGAGAAUCGCAUUCUGGACAAGUGCAUUGCCAAACUAAACUACUAG